AUGCGCGACGCCAAGCUCUUCAACGACCAGGUCCAUGGCUACAUCCGCAUGAGCCCGACGUGCGUCUCGAUCAUCGACACGCCGCAGUUCCAGCGGCUCCGCGACUUGAAGCAGCUCGGCACGCUCUACUAUGUGUUUCCUGGCGCGAGCCACAAUCGGUUCGAGCACUCGCUCGGCGUCGCCCAUCUCGCCGGCGAGACGGUCGCCCGCUUCCAGGCCACGCAGCCCGAGCUCGGCCUCUCGGCACGGGACAUUGAUUUGCUCAGCGUGGCGGGCCUCGCCCACGACUUGGGCCAUGGGCCCUUCUCGCACGUCUUUGAUGCCGAGUUCAUGCCAGCCGUGCGCCCCGGCUCCGACUACUCGCACGAAGCCAUGUCGCUGCGCAUGUUUGAGUAUCUCAUCGACGACAACCACAUUGACAUGGACCAAAGCGAUGUGCGUUUUGUCCAAGAGCUCAUCAACGGCGCCAAGGCCACGCAUGGCAAGCGCCUCGACGACCGCGGCUACUUGUACGAAAUUGUCGCCAACGGCCGCAACUGCAUUGAUGUGGACAAGUUCGACUACCUUGCCCGCGACAUGCAAAAUCUCUUUGGCGGCAAGAAAGGCUACAACUACAGCCGUCUCUGGCACUACAACCGCGUGAUUGACAAUGAGAUCUGCUACCAUGCGUCGGUCACGUCGGACAUUUACGAGCUGUUUGACCAGCGCUAUUACAUGCACAAGCAGAUUUACGGACACCGCAAGGGCAAGGCUGUCGAGUACAUGAUGUGCGACGCCAUGGUCUUGGCCGACAAGGCGCUGGGCAUUUCGGCGUCGACCGAGUCGCCGGACGAGUUUCAAUACAUGACCGACCACAUCGUCAAGAUGAUUGAGUGCUCCAAGGAUCCGGCGCUCCAGGCUGCGCGUGAUAUCGUCCGCCGCAUCCGUCGCCGCGAACUCUACGAGUUUGUCGACGAGUACCUCGUGCCAUCGACGCUCACGAACGCGAUUCCCAAGGUGCGGCCAGCCGACAUUGCGUGUGCUGGCAAUGCAUCCGGCAUCGACUUGAACGUCGACGACAUUAUUGUCUAUGAUGGAAAGCUCAACUACAACCUCAAGGACAAGAACCCCGUGGAUAUGGUGUCGUUCUACACGUCAUCCAAUCACAACGAGAAAUUCCAUACACCCAAGCAAGAAGUGAGCCUCCUCUUUCCGGAAAAGUUCGAAGAGCGCAUUCUGCGCGUGUACAGCCGGACGAGCGACAAGGCGACCGAGCAAGCCAUCUCGGAGGCGUUCCGGAACCACAUUGCACAGUUCUCUCUCAAGGUCCCGUUCUCGCCUGCGUCCAAGAUUGCAGGGCCCAAGCGCACGGACGUUCCUCGUCUGCCGCCGUCCGCCCGAAAGCUCCAUCUUGACGACGAGGCGGCGGGAUGUACCAAGCGGCUCAAGGUGCAGAUCCCCAAGUAACGAUGCGAUGCGGCUCCAUGACGUAG